AUGAUUCAGAAAAGCGAUGAGCAAAAUGAAUUGAUAGACAAUAUCUUACGGUGGAUUUUACAACACAGGGAUGUAUUUGCAAUCCAAUCUAAAACGUCGACUUCUGUAACACAAACCUCUAGUAAUGAUGAUCAUUCUUCUGUUACUAACAGUAAGCAAUCAAGUGGCACAAAACGAAAACACUCUUCUUCUCAGAAUUCGUCCACCCUAAACACAGAUUUUGUGAGUUGGCGAGGUUGCUUAACCCGACUCCUGUGUUCUCCUUAUGAGAGUCGUGAAGGAUGGCUAUUGGCUGUGACACGGUUUAAUGACACUUUUUAUAUGUGUGAGUUUGAUACAGAAGAAAAGAAAAAUAUGGAGGCAAAUCGAACAGAUUUUCAGAAAGAGAUGUGCUACUGGGGUUGGAAAUUUGAGCAGUAUGUCACUGCAGAUAAACCAGACGGCAAGCCAGAUACGUCAUCUGCUGUGAAUAAUUGCGAAGCCUACUGUACAGUCAUUCGAACUAGACUCAAUAGCCAUUCACUCUUUUUUUCUGGAGAAGUAGAUUGUAUUGGGUCAAAAGGAAAUUAUAUUGAACUGAAGACAAGCAGAGAAUUAUACAAUUCAAUUCAAGAUGAGAAAUUCAAACGGUUCAAACUCAUCAAAUGGUGGGCACAGAGUUUUCUCCCUGGGGUCUCAAAGAUAAUCUGUGGCUUUAGGGAUGACGAUGGAGUUGUUCGUAGAUUACAAGAAUUUAAUACACACAAGAUCCCUGAUAUGGUCAAGGAUAUAAAAACUCCAUGGAAGCCAAACAUUUGUUUCAAUUUCCUUGAUCAGUUCCUUACGCUUAUUAAAGAUACAGUCAAAGUAAAUGAUCCCAGAAAUGUUUAUUUGUUCAGCCGAGAUUCAAAAUCAAAUGAUAUUACAUGGCAAAAUGUUGGACCAGAUUCUGAAUUUCAGUUCCUUCCACAAUGGUACAUUGACGAAUUCGAAAAAUAA